AUGGCGCCGAAUCUCUUCAUCUGCCUUCGCGCAGUGUUCUGCCCGACUUACUGGUUCCAACGGGGCGAGCGCAUUCAAGGAACUAUUUACCGAGAGGAACAUUGGGAAAGCCCUGUUCCUGGUAUCUACAAGUACAUCCCGGGUCUGGGAUGGCAUCUCGUCCACAAGGACGACAGCGAAUACGAGGAGAAAGUCCCUGUCCCACUUGUCUACUGCCGCAUCCUCCAUCGAUACAUCUUUGAGCACGAAAUGGAAGACAGAUGUCGCUGGCAGUCGGUGACUCUGCACGAAGGCGCGAAGCCGGAAAGACUGCUCUUCUUCCUUCUUGACGAUGGCUACACCUGGGUCGCCGGAUGGGACGCCAAAGGAAAGUUCAUUCCGGGCCCGUAUCAAAAGUGGCACUACGACCAUGGCACCAAGACGAUGCAGCGCGUCCGGUCGCCAGAAAGCUCCCUCAACGUCUCCCGAUGCAGCAGCAUCGUCCCCACCAAGAUGGGUUAG